AUUAUUCUUUGUAGUUUGAACUAAAAGUAUGUAUAGGACAAGUAUGUUAUGGUUGUGUACUCUACUGUGGUCAGUUGGACUAGCAGUCACACCGAUACCAUCGCGGUCACCAGAAAAAAAUAAUAAUGUUGACUGUACAGGAUCCAUUGCAUUUACAUCGACUGGGAGUACAUCAGUCCAUUCUACAGGUUUGGUAGCAUAUAAACAGAAUAUUGUUAACCUAGCUGUUACAUGGGAUCGUGAGGUUGGUGUAUAUACGUGCGCUUGUUCUGGCCUCCAUCAAUUUUCUUUCUCUGGUUCCACUGAAGAAAACACAAGGAUGGUGUUGAAGAAAAGAUUAAACAACGGUAAGCAGUGGUCACCAAUAAUAGCGACGAAACCAGGUGGUGGAUCAGCUACAAUACUUUUGGAAGUAGAAAGUGGAGAUCAGGUAGCUGUAUAUUUGGAUGGGAAUCCAAAAAAAUUCAAUGCUAGACACGAACAAGACAUAGAUGUUACAUCGUUCAGUGGUUACAGAAUAGCAAAAUAAAAUAAAGUGUUGUUUUACUUAUUUAUAAAAAAAUAUAAAAUUUGUAAUAGUAUUAAAUAACACCUAAAAUUUAAAAAAAAAAAGAAAGAUUUUAAGCUUGAAAAUUGCUGUGUAAACACUAAACAGCAAUAUUUACUGAAAAUCUUAAUUUGAUUUUUCAAAAAUAUUAUUUAUAGAUACCUAAAGAAACAUUAACAACAUUUUAAUAUGCUGUCUGUGUAACUGGUAAAUAAUAGUUAGUAAUACAUUAAAAAUUGAUUUAAUAUAUCAAAUAUUAAAUAUGAAGUAUUAACACAUACACACAAGUAAUAAAGAUUAAAAAUAACAUAGGAGACAUUAUCUUAUUAUCAACAAAUCAAUUACCACAGAUUUAAAAACAAAACAUUAUUUUAAAUAUUUAAAUGAGUAACCAUUUUUAAUAGCUAGAUAGAUAGAUAUUUUAUUUAUUAUUAUUAUUUCAAAUAAUAAUUAAUUUAUACGUUUAUUUGCAUUAACUAUCUAUAGUAAGUAUAUAAUAUAUUCACAAAUAAGUAUUUAAAUAAACUAUUGGCAAUCAAUUUUAAAAUUAAGAUGAUAUUUGGUGGUAAUUAAUAAUCAGUAAUAUUCUAGACUGUAAAAAAGUUAAAAAUAUAAAUAAAAUAAUUUUUAAUUUGUUACCCAUAAAAUUCAUAAAUAUAUCAAUAUAGUUUUGUUAUAUUUAUUUUUUAUUAUUAGAAAUUGUAAAUCUAAUAACUUUUUGUUUAAACUAAUUGUAUUUGAUUUCUCAAUAUGUUUGUCUAAUAAAUAUUGUUAAAAAGUAAUAACGCA